CAGUGCAUGUGCCCUAUAAAAAAAAUGUUAUGGCAGGAACAGAAACAUUAGAUACAGAGACUUCAAAGGACAAGAAGCCAAGGAAAAGAAUGAAAGCUUUAUAUGGUCGCAUCAAGCAACAGAUGGAAUUUUACUUCAGUGAUUCCAAUUUAAGCAGGGACAGAUUCAUGAAGAAACAGAUUGUGGACGCAGAAGAGGGAUAUAUUAGCUUGGAUGUUUUCUUGAGAUUCAAUAAGAUAAAGGAGAUGACAUUAGACGCCAGUGUAAUUGCAUCAGCUCUUAAAAAGUCUAAACUUUUACAAGUCAGUGAAGAUGGUUUAAAAGUAAAAAGAACUAAACCUGUUAGCAGUGCUAAAGAUAUUGAUGAUAGAACAGUUUAUGUGGAAUGUCUACCACACAAUGUAGACCAUGAAUAUAUAAGGAGAAUCUUCGACAGCUGUGGUUCAGUGCUAUAUGUCAGUAUACCUAGGUAUAAAUCUACAGGAGAUUCUAAAGGCUUUGCAUUUAUAGAGUUUGAUAGUAUAGAGUCAGCACAUAAAGCUUGUGAGGAACUAAAUAACCCUCCUGCAGAGGCUGGAGACAAACCAGGGAAAUUUCCUAGGACCAGUAAACAGAUGACUCAUUUACAGAAAGCUCUUCAAAACACAGAGGAUGUUCCCAUAUCACCAGAAAAAAGCAUUACAGAAUCACCAUCAAAAUCAGCAAAAAAGAGAAAAAGAAGAAGACAAACUAGUGAGUGUAGUGUUGAUGGAGGGGAAAACACCACAAAACAAUUAAAGUUAGAAUAUGAUAACAAAGACCAAACAACAGUUGUCUCUCAAUCAGAGAAGGAUAAUAAAGAUUUAAGUGUACCAAAGACAGAUGAAAGUGGAGACAAAGAAUCAGUGAAGAAUAAAAGUAAGAAAAGAAAGAAAUCAAAAGGUGACGGACAGAUUUCAGUGACAGAAUCAGAAACUUCAGAUCAAUGUUCUGAAAGUGACAGAGAGACACGCAAGCGUAAAACAUUAGAUACUGUUGAUACUGAAAUAGAACCUCCAUCAAAAAUAUGCAAAAAAGAGGAAACUUGUGACAAUAAAGAAAAUAAAGAAAGUGAAAAAUCUUUAGUGAGUAAAGGAGAUGAAAAAUCAGUAGCAAAAGUUAUCGAAAAGAGAAAGAAAAACAGACAUCAUAAAACUAAACAAAAGGAUAUACCAGAACUAAGAGUGAUUUCUAAAAAAGAAUGGUUGGAUUUGAGAACAGAAUAUCUUAAAUUACAAAAGGAAAGCAUGAACAAACUGAAGAAAACAUUAACAAAAGUAAAGAAAGAAGAAAUAGACAAAGAAAUGAAAGAAAAGGAAAAAGAAAUGAUUGAUGUAAAGAAAUCCACAGAUAGACCAAAAAUAGAGUUUGUACCCGAUGUAAUAGUUUACAUAACGUCAGGACAACCGCUUUACAGGAAGGAAGUCAAGGAAGAUUUAGGUACAGGUUACCAGAUAGCCUAUAUUGAUGUAAAAGAGGGAGACAAGGCAGGUCAUAUUAGAAUGGAAGACAGUGAUAGUGCUAAAAGACUUGCUGAGGCUACUAGUGGAUCUUAUUUCUUUACUCUCUUAAAAGGACAAGAAGAAAAAGACUACUGGAAUAAGUUAGAAUCAGAUAGAAAUUCUAAAUUCAGCAGCAAAGGAAACAAGAAAAAACGAGGCUCACAAAAGUUGAUAGAAAAGGCACAGAGAAUAAGUAAAGAAAAUAUUUGUAAAACUCACAUUAAAUUUGAUGAUUGAAAUCAAUUUCAAUUGGAUAUUUGACCAAAACUAAAACUAUUAUUGUAAGAUAAGUCCUAGUGACUUCAGGGAAAAAGUCAUAUUCAAGAAUGUGAACUUGUCAUGUCAGUAUUCUGACUGUUUAAUCAGUGCUACAUUAUUGGACAGUUAAUAAAAAUAUAAAUGUUUAA